CUUUCUUCCUUCCUUUCUUUUUCUCUCUCUCAUCUCUCUCACUUCUCUGCCACACGCAACCAGAAGCUAGCGAUCUAUAAAUUGCACCAACAACCUAUUGCACCAACAACCUACCAGCAAGCUGAUCUAUACAUCCAUCCCCACAAGAACCAAUCACGCAUCGUCACGCACCAGAAAAAAAAGGCGCAGAAAGCUCUAUAACUUGCUAGCUUCAGGCUCCCAGCUCGUGAGCUUGUGAUCCCUUUUCGCCACUUUGCCAGCGACCGACCGAUCGGUGCGUAGCGUACCCAUCUCGAUCUCCCGUGUCACGAGGAACCCACGGACAUCGCCAUUGCCGCUGCAACUUGCAACGUUUCCUUUUCCUAUCUCUCUAUAAAAGGGCGAAGAGAUGGAGCAGCAGCAGGUGAGGAGCAGCAGCGGCGUGGUGCAGGUGGUGGACGGCUCGGAGAUCCGGGCGCUGGUGGAGGAAAAGGAGGCGUUCGCCAAGUUCGUAGAGACCAGGUUCCGGCAGCUCGAUACGGACGGCGACGGGCGGCUGUCGGUCAGGGAGCUGCAGCCGGCCGUCGCCGACAUCGGAGCGGCCAUCGGGCUGCCGGCGAGGGGGUCGUCGCCGCAGGCUGACCACAUCUACUCUGAGGUUCUUAGCGAGUUCACCCACGGGAAGAAAGAGUCGGUGAGUAAGUCGGACUUCCAGCGGGUGCUGUCUGACAUACUUCUGGGAAUGGCAGCUGGGCUGAAGAGGGACCCUAUUGUGAUCCUGAGGAUAAAUGGGGAGGAUCUGAAUGAAUUUGUUGAGAGUCCAAGGUACGAGCCAGAAGCGGUCGCCAUAUUUUCGCAAUUGGAGUCGGGAAAUAAUGCCUCGCUGCGCCAGUGCUUGUUGGCAGCUCUUCGACAGCUGACGGUUGACCACGGCAUGCCACCGGCUUCUGACUCUUGGGUUAUGGAAAAUAUUAUAGAGCCCGCAUUGCAAGAAAUGCGCUCUGAUCUGCUCGAGCAACCUGUUUCGCAAGAGGUCUUCUUCCAAGAAUUCAAGAGGUUUCUGGGCAUCAUCACUCGACGACUGCAACAGCACCCUGUGAUUGUCGCACAUACUGAGAAAACCUUUGACGGGAGUGGCAUCAGGAGGCUACUGUCAAACAAGUUUGAAGUGGACAAGCUAUUGGACUUUGUUUGGAGAGAUGUGCCCAAAGAACACAAGGAUAAGACAUCAAAAGAAUAUAUUCGGGUUGCGCUUGAUAGGAUGGCCGACUCGGCAUGUUUACCACCUUAUGGAGCUGUUGAUCAGGUUGAUGCUGUGGUGAAUGAAGCAUUCAAGAUGGCGAAAGCCGACGACGGGAAGGCCGUGGACGAAGCAGAGUUCAAGAAGCUGCUGACGGAGAUCCUCGGGGCGGUGAUGCUGCAGCUAGACGGCAACCCGAUAUCUGUCUCCACCAACACCGUCGUCCAUGAGCCGAUGUCCACUUCCAACUCCCUGUUGUCGCCGUCGCCGCCGUCUCCAAUGGCAUCCUCGCCUAGCGAAUAAUGAGAGGUUGCAUAACUGAUAGGACGGUGGACAAGGACUCCCACUGAGCAGUGACGGACUGUGAUGCUGAUUUUCUUCUAGUCACAGUACAAUGACAUGCCAGUUUGCUUGUAUAGCUUGUGAAGAAUUACAGUAGUAUGUUGCUUGUAACUCGGCUCUUUACAGUUGAAAUAAGGCUCUUUGAAGCCAGAUGUAAGAGUCGGACCAACGAGAAGUGGCCUCUUACUAACUUUUAGUAGUUGGGGAGCUGGAGCUGCUGCAAAAUUGUAAGUCAUGGACUUGGAGAAUAAUGGUGCAACGUUGACCAGUCAAACAGUACUUAAAAGAA